AUGUACUCUCUUCGCCGCGCCCGCGGGCCGUUCUCGUCUCACCGCCGGGAUAUUCCCUGCUUCCCCCGCCGGCCUCUCCCCCGCCCUCUUCUCUUCCCCAACUCCCUCCCCUCUGCGUCUCUUCUCUCCGGCCUCCAACCCAGAGUAGUAGAAGACGAGGAGGAAAACGACGGCGAGCUCACCUUCUCCUCCGCCGGCAGGCCCACCUUCUCCUCCGCCGGCAAGCCCACCUUCUCCUCCGCCGGCGAGCCCCCCUUCUCCUCCGCCGGCAAGCCCCCUUUCUCCUCCGCCGGCAAGCCCCCCUUCUCCACCGCCGUCGUUGUGGGCGGCCCCACGGAUUUCGUCUUCCUCGACGGUCUUCUGAAGGCAAAGCACAGCCUGAGCUCUCUGCGGCGAGCGCACGCGCGGCUCGCCGUGGGGGGGCUCCUGCGCCACCCCCACCUCGGCGCACAGCUCAUCACCGGGUAUGCCGACCUCGGCGACCUUCGCGCCGCCCGCUCCAUCUUCGAUGAGAUCCAUGGGUCCGGCUCUUUCCUCUGGAACAACAUGGCCAGAGUCUUGGCCAGGGGCGGCCACUUCCCGGCGACCCUUGAGCUCUACUCCUCCAUGCGCCAGGCCGGUGUCCCGGCGAACAACUACACGUAUCCCUUCAUCCUCAAGGCCUGCGCCUCCACGGCUGCCGUCACCACCGGCAGGUCCAUCCACGGUGAGAUGGAAAAGACCGGGUUCGCCACAGAUGCGUAUGCGGCGGCGGCUCUGCUCGACAUGUAUGCCAAGUGCGGAGAGAUCGCCGAUGGGCGCAACGUGUUCGAAGCAAUGCUGAUAAGAGAUCUGGUCAGCUGGACGGCCAUGAUCACGGCCUGUGAGCAGUCGGAGGAGCCGGAGGCGGCGCUACUGCUGUUCCGGCGGAUGCAGGAGGACGAUGGCCUCGCUGUCGACCGGGUGGCGGCGAUCAGCGUCGCCUCCGCAAUCGCCCAGCUGGGGGACGCGGCCCCGGCGGCUCGGACCCUUCACGGCCACGCCCUCCGCCGUGGUUUCCUGGAGGACGUCUCCAUGGGGAACGCCGUCCUCGGCAUGCACGCCAAAUGCGGCGACCUCGAGCUCGCCCGGCGGCUGUUUGAUGGGAUGGCGGAGCGCGACGACAUCUCGUGGAACUCCAUGCUCUCCGGCUACGCGCAGAACGGGCGCGCCGGCGAGGCCAUGGCUUUGUUCGACGAGAUGCUCGCCGCUGGGGAGGAACCCAACCCGGUGUCCCUCUUGGUGGCUGCCUCCGCCUGUGCCCAGCUGGGCUCCCUCCGGCUGACGAGGCGGCUCCACCGCGUCGUCCUCCUCCUCCUCGGCGACGGUGGCGGCGUGGAGGCGAGCGCGGAGCUGCAGAGCGCGAUCAUGGACAUGUAUGCCAAAUGCGGGGACCUGGAGUCCGCCGCAGGCAUCUUCCACCGCUGCCUCGCCGCCGGGAGGGGUGGCCACGUCAACUGCUGGAACGUGAUGAUCUCCGGAUACGGCCUUCACGGCCACGGCGAAGAAGCUCUGCGGCUCUUCCGGCGGAUGACUGGAGAAGGCCUCUCGCCAGACCACAUCACCCUCACCUCGCUGCUCUCAGCCUGCAGCCAUGCCGGGCUCGUCGAGGAGGGAAAGCAGAUCUUCCAGGAGAUGAGCGAGAAGCUGGCGAUGGCGCCCAUGGUGAAGCACUACGCCUGCGUAGUGGACAUGCUUGGCCGCGCAGGCCGCCUGGAAGAAGCGCGGGACCUCAUCGCCGGCAUGCCGGCGCCGCCCAACGACGCCGUGUGGGGGGCCCUUCUGGGCGCCUGCCGGAUCCACGGGAACAGGGAGCUGGCGGAGUUCGCUGCCGGCAACCUCCUCCACCUCGAACCGGACCACAGCGGCUACUAUGUCCUCAUGUCCAACGUCUACGCCGCCUCCACAUUGUGGCCGGAGGCGGGGAAGUUGAGAGAUCUCAUGAGGUGCAGAGGGCUGAAGAAGCCAGCGGCGUUCAGCGUGAUCGAGAUCGGCGGAGAGGUGCACGGGUUCUACACCGCCGACCAGGGCCACCCCGAGCGGGCGGCGAUCUACAGGAAGGCGGCGGCGCUGGCGGCUGAGAUGUCGGCGGCGGGACACCAGCCGGACACGUCCUGCGUCCUCCACGACGUGGAGGAGGAGGACAAGGAGACGCUGCUGGCCCUGCACAGCGAAAAACUGGCGGUCGCCUACGGCCUGAUGAGGCUGGGCGCCGCCGCCGCGGUCGCGGUCAUCCGGGUCACCGUGAACCUACGGAUCUGCAGGGACUGCCACAGCACCUUCAAGGCCCUCUCGAUGGCGAAGGGGAGGACGAUCGUCGUUCGGGACGCCAAUCGGUUCCACCACUUCGCCGGCGGGGCCUGCUCCUGCAAGGAUUACUGGUGA